CUGCACUACGGGACCCUCCUGGGCAGCAGAGCUUGUGUCCACAUGGCAGCAGCUGCCUGGGGCAGUGGGUUUCUCUAUGCUCUCCUGCACACGGCCAAUACAUUUUCCCUACCCCUCUGCCAGGGCAAUGCCCUGGACCAGUUCUUCUGUGAAAUCCCCCAGAUCCUCAAGCUCUCCUGCACAGACUACUACUUCAGAGAAGCUGGGCUUCUUGUGGUUAGUGUCUGUUUAGGCUUUGGAUGUUUUGUGUUCAUCGUGCUGUCCUAUGUGCAGACCUUCAGGGCCGUGCUGAGGAUCCCCUCUGAGCAGGGACGGCACAAAGCCUUUUCCACGUGCCUCCCUCACCUGGCCGUGGUCUCCCUGUUUCUCAGCACUGCCGUGUUUGCCUACCUGAAGCCCCCCUCCAUCUCCUCCCCAUCCCUGGAUGUGGUGGUGGCUGUGCUGUACUCCGUGGUGCCUCCACAGCUCUGUGAUCACAGGCAAGGAGAAGCAAUGGGCACCUCUGAGAAAAAGCUCGUCUGCAUAACAGAGUUUCCACCAUGA